AUGGCAAGUGGAGAUAAGGAGAAAUCCAAAAGUUGCUUUAAAGAGUGGAUGGAAAUCCAAGAGAAAGACCUCUCGGAGCUUCUCCAGGCCUUGACCUUAGACCCCCAAAACAAAGACACAUUAAAGCAUCUAGCUCAAAAGGGCAUCGAUCACUUCCAAGAAUACAUAGACAAAAGAAAACAACUCGCCCGCAGAGAUGCUUCUGCAUUUUUUGCUUCGACUUGGUGCACUUCAUGGGAAAACUCCCUCCUUUGGAUCGCCGGCUGCCGACCCUCUUUGUUUUUCCGGCUUGUUUAUGUGCCCGGUGGGUCGAAAAUGGACUCAAGGCUCGAUGAGUUUCUGCAAGGCACGAGAGAGAGCGACCUUGGCGAGCUUCUGACGUACACGCAGCUUGUGCUGGUCAACAGUUUACAAAGCAAGACUAUUAGUAGGGUGGAGGAGACGCUGACGGCGGAGCUGGCGGCUCUGCAGGAGGAGAUAGCGGACCAGCCGAUUGUAAUGAUUGCGAAAGGGUUGAGUGAAACUGGGGAGAUGAAUAGGGAAGUGGAGGAGGCCCUAGAUGAGCAUGGCAUAGCCAUGGUUAGGGUUAUGGAGAAGGCUGAUCAGUUGAGGCUGAACACGCUUAAGGAGCUUGUUAAAAUAUUGACACCUGUUGGCGAGUAA